AUGGCCGUGAGAGUUAUAAGAGGGUAUCGUACGAUAAGCGCGGAGGCCGCAUGUGUACUAGCCUGCUCUCUGCCCUGGGACCUGGACGCGAGGGUCCUUGCGUCUCUAUACCAGUGGCGCGGGGAGGUGCGAGACCGGGGUGACGUGCUAGCUCCGCAAGAAAUACAGAUGCGGCGAAUGGAGCUGCAGCAGGAGGCGGUUGACGAGUGGCGGCUGCGGCUGGAACGGCCGAGUGCUGGCGUCCGCACCAUAGAGGCGAUCCAACCUGUGCUCCGUGAAUGGAUUGAAAGGGAUUUCGGGGUUCUCACCUUUCGGCUCACUCAGGUGCUGUCGGGGCAUGGUUGCUUUGGCAAGUACCUGCAUAAACAGGCAAGAAGAGAGCCGACCCCGGUAUGCCACGAGUGCGGAGCACGCGAAGACUCGGCCCAGCACACACUGGCUGAGUGCCCGGUCUGGGGCGUCGAAAGAGAGGAGGUGAUUGCCCGUGUUGGGCAAGAUCUGUCGUUGCCAGCCAUAGUGCAGGCUAUGCUGUCUGGUGAAGAGGUGUGGCAGACGAUGCUGGAUUAUUCAGAGCACGUCAUGGCCAAAAAGGAGGCGGCCGAGCGCGAGCGCGAAAUCCAGGUUGAGGCUGACCCAAUGCGCCGCCGUAGAACCAGACGCAGGCGUGCUGCGCACGACAGACGCUUGCCACCUUAA